AUGGGUCCAUCAUCUUGUGCCAUUUACCCGCAUUGGCGUAAGUUCAUCCAAAUUGGGGAGAAUGUUUCCCCUGCAUUGCUGGUUCAGUUCCUGAGGGAGCAUCGCACUGAGUGGGCAGACUUUAGAGUUGAUGCACAUUCUGCUGCAUUGUUGAAAGCUGGCUCCUGUGCAUUUUCAGGGUCGGGCUCUAGUCAUUUUUCUGACACUGGCAUGCUGCUUGGGCUCACUGUUAAUAAUGAUGAGAUAUUGGAAAUAAUUCGUCUCGAAGACCAUGCUCUCCACCGAAAAGAUGCUUUCCUACAAAAUAUUUACCUAUUGCAGCUAUGUAAUGGAGUGGAAGAGAAUUCUGUGGGAGUUUGCUCAGAACUAAUUUUUGCGCCAAUUGAGGAAAGGCUCCCACAUGAUGCUGUGCUACUAUCCUCUGGAUUUCGGAUCUUAUCGUUGGGUUCAAGCAGAGUGAGUGAGAAAUAUUCUAUUCUCUGUUCCAUAUCUUCUGCUUCAUAA